AUGUUUUUUGUUGAUGCCGCUGAUGAUAAUUCAUCAUUUUAGGUUAUUUAUAGAAGUAAUAAAGCCUCAGAAAUCGUUUAGCAAUCUUUAGAGGAGAUUACAAAUUAGAUUAUUUAAUUUAAAACAGGGCUAGAAUAUGUCGAAGUGAUUGGGGCCAAUUUCAAUUCUAUACAGUUGUAAGUAUUAGUAAGAUUAUAAAUAUAUUCUAUAAAAUAGCAAGUUCUAACACCAAUAAAUUUAAAAUAAAAAUUUGCUUCAAUCCUAAAAUUAAUGAUAUGGAAAUAGGGAUAAGAAAUUUAUUAAUAUAUAUUUAUACUUGCUAUCCAACUUGUUUAUCUUGUAAUGAGCCUUCAGAAAUUUAAUGUUUAUCAUGUUUCAACAAUUUGA